GGGACUAAAUAGGGUACGGAAGGUACUCACACUUCGGAGGGAGCGCGGCGAGAUACCCAGAUGAUAGGAUCAGGGAGGGGGUGAGGGCGGGCAACGGCAAGACGGAAGCACGACGGCGGCGCGAGAGAGGGGAGGGAGGGGGGGAGCCCAGUCGAGGCAGCGCAGACAAGUGGCAGAGAGGGUUUCCCGGACGGGCCAGUGCUACCAGAACAGUCGAACGGGCGUUGGCACAAGGUAUUACAGCGUCGACAAGAAAUGCACGUAGCCGUCCUUUGCGCGCGCGGGCGGCCGGACGAGUCAAGGGCCACAGAUAGCGAGAAAAAGGGUGUGUCUACCCGAAGAGCAAUGUGACGCCGAAACGCAGCUGUUGAUUUGAUCCGAUCCUAACAAUGCCGAUGCUAUCUAGCCUGCUGCGUGGGCCAGGCCGUGGGUCGUGGGUCGUGGGUCGUGGAGGUUGCGCGCGUGUGGUGGUUGCGGCCGACGGAUACUCCGUACGGCAGGUAGCGGUAGCGGUAGCGGGAGCGGGAGCGGCAGUGGGACGCGCAACGGGAUGGUCGACUAGUUUGCUGGUUAGCCUCUAUGCUGCUUGAUAAGAAGAGAGCCUUUGGAAGCUGAUCUAGUCGGGGAGCACGAAGACGGUGAGGUGGGAAACGGCGGGCGGGAAACGGCGCGGUGGUGUUUGGGCUUGGGCGGGACUGGGACGCACACGAGAUGCUACUGGCUGCACAGAGGCACGAUGGUGCAGACAAACAACACAAGCCGUGAGGGUGGACGCAGCUUGCAGCUAAGGGGCUAGAGAAGGGGGGGAAAAGGAUAAUUCAGAUAACCUACAUCCAGAUCGAGAGAAAUUCGGAACAGCAAGCAACGGCCAACAAGCAACAGUGUGUCGGCAGGGUCGGGUGCGUCAGUGUCAGGCGAAGCAGCUCCGAGUUCCGAGAGCGAGGGUGGACAGUUCCAGGUCAGGGAUUUUUUUUUUGUAGCGUAGGUACGGAUACCUGACGGGGGCGGCAGUGGACGGGAUGUUUGGGGAUCGAUCGGAAAACGGACGGGGGUUUGGUUGGUGUCGUUGACGGCGAUUCGAUAUCUCUUCGGCCUGGGCUAUUUGGAGCUGGACGUGGUGGAACGGACGGGGAAUCCCAAAAAAGAGGCGAUGGGGAAAAAAAAGAAGUGGCCCGUUGCGGUCUUUUUAUUUGACGGCACUGAGUGAGGACUGGCAUUCCACAGAGCAGAGUCGCAGAGACCUCUCCUGCUGGACUGUUCAUAGGCAAAUCCCUGAAGAUGAAGUGCCAUCUGCCAUCGAGGAACGGGGAAGCUAGCAUCUAGCCAAGAGCCAGUCAACAGCCCUUCCGGGGACGGCUCGGACAGCAUCUUCCCGGGUUACCAUAUCGCGAAGUUUUGCACCUGGGCUGGCCUGGGCUGAGGGUUUGGGCAGCCACCCACGGUCAGAGUUUGACAUGUCACGGAUUGACAUCAGGGACGAACAAUGGGGCCUGCCUGGUAUCAAGAAGCAUUGCACUCCACGCUUGAAGACAGGUACUUUCUAGUCUACGCGACCCUUGACACAUCCGCCCAAUAUUUGAUAUGUUAGAUAGGUUGUGAAACGAUCUUCGUCUUGAGAACAAUGACAUUCUUUGGUACUAGGCGCAUUGACCAACGGCAACCUGGGCGUGGCACACCACCAACCAACACCACCGCAAGGUCUCCAAACUGGGAAGCUCAACGCUCUCACGGGCCACAGAACGCCCUCAGGUAAGGGAGAUGUCGGCAAGAGGGGCCCUGGGUUAGCGCCUUUUUCUUUGACCUUGGCACGGCUUUCGAGCAACACCCCGCUUCCGCUGUUUACAGGAAGAAGAUGGCGGCGUCGAAGAGUCAGGCACGGCACGGAACAGCAACGAAGCCUUAUGAGUGGUUGACCUGAAUACAAAACCCUUCGUUUACGCCCAUUAUCAAUCUAUGUUUUGCAGAACAAUUUGGCUCACAGACUGCCCCCCUGAACUCCCGGCCAGGAUCUCUUCCUCCCACCAAAGGGCCGGCAUCUGGAUCGUUUCUAGGGCCGAACGGCAUGUGGACACUCGCCUGUUUUGAGGCGGGCGGACCGCCGACGUCGCUUACGACCGACUCUCAGCAACUCCUCUGUGGUGGAACUGCUGACAAGACGAGGCUGGGCUUGUCCGUCAGGUCAGUGUUCCGAGGACGGUGGAACAAGCGCAACGGGUUCCUGUUUUCCAAGAGGGGCGGUGGAAGAGAAGAGGGCUUUUCGGUACGUCCGCAAAGGGACGAUCUGUGAGCCAUGCAGACGCACAGGGGACGGGAGAUGCGUGAGGAGUAAGAAGUGACGAGAUACGGAGUACGGGAAAACAAAACAGCACCUGAAAAGCCGGAAAGCCUCCCCGUUGGCUGGAAUCCAACGGAAUCAAAGACCGACGACCUGGAAGAAGCCUACUAUAAGCAGUGUCGUUUUUCUCGCGGUAAAUGCCUCGAUUUGUUGGGUAUUCACGCUUUGCUACGAUGGGAGGACACUGCAGGUCGGCAACUGCACACUGAUGGGUACCCGCCGCAGGGAAGAAGCCGAAUCGGGAGUGCCUGCAGCCACUCGGCAACGGGGAAAUGCGCCCCUGAUUCGAUCGAGUCGAGCUCCCCCGACGCUCUUUUCCUCGGAAUUUUCAAACAGUUUCGAUCGUGACUUCCAGGUUGCACUCAGGCAUCCGAACUCUACUUUACCACCUUGUUCAGUAUGCUAAAGAAGCCGGGUCUCAAGUUGGGCCUUGGAUGAGGCUAGGGAAGGCCUAUCUAGAAGAGCCUGUGGAAAGCAGCUCAGCCCAUGACAGCUUCGAGUUGAACAACGCAAGAUACUGGGCUGUUUCCUUCACAGUUGCACAGUCUUCCAGGUUGGGCGGGACACGAUCUCUUCGUGACCCAAACACCCUCGAUCUGGCUAUGUAACCAACAAUUGUGCCCCGCCAUCAACCACUCUUUGCACGCUCAAACUCCAGCCAGUCAGACCAUCACAACCUAAUUAUUCCAAAGUACUGUACCCCCCUCCCCCGCACUCCCAGCAAAAAGGACGCCGCCACAAACCAUACAAAAGGAAACACCGGCCAGAGCACGCGAGGCCCAAAGUUGACCUUACAUCCGUCGGCCACGCUGAGUUGGAUGAACACCUGGAGUUGCCGACUACCGACAUGGAGCGCGGGGAGAAUACCGGAGGUUCCAUGAUCGCAACCAGCUCGCUCAGGGGUUCUAUAUGUGUACGCUACAGCGAGCGGGCUUUCAAGCAUAAACGACCCUUUUCCCUGCAGGUGACAACGGUGAAACAAAUGCGUCAUCAGUAACUAUAUCUGAAGAUCAGAAAAGAUGCAGAGCUAACCAGAGCAUAAAACUCUCCACCUUUUGUUCCCUGUUUCAUGAUAGACACGGUGGCGGAUGCAAGAGGUGUAUCUUGUGGCAUUGGAGGCUCUGAUUUCAUGCGGCAAACCAAUGACGUCGCCCUUGAAGGGCGAGGCCUCGCGCCCAUGCUCCACACAGGGGAGCUCUCUAAGCGCCCUGGGACCUCUUGCGCGGGGUGCUGGUGUCUCGCUGUUGCUAUUUUGAACACUGGAACUGUUCGUUGGGGCAAGAACUGAAAGUGAUAAGUGAUUUAACCCCGCCUUCUUGGUCAAAUCGUGCCAUUGCGACAGAGCUAUUCUUGCCAUACACCAAUCUUCCCGGACGAGCGGUUUUUGGGUGAUUUCAUCGACUUGACGGCUGAGAUAAAGAAGCCCAAGUCGCAGCGUCAUCGCCCCUUUUUCGAGUGCGACACACCAGGACAUCCCGCAUCAUCGCGCGGCGACAAUAUCGGCACAUAUUAACUGAAAGGACAGCCGACGUAAUGGCUUCUGGACACAAUGAUCCAAAGCUGCUGUAUGCCAUCAAUGGCGUAAAGGCAUACCAUAUCGCCAAUGGCAAGGAGCAGCCCCUCACGCCAACGGGCCCGCAGACAUUGUCGCUGCUGAUGGUUCCUACGAGCUCUGUUUUCGCCGACCCGUCCAUCGACCCGGAGACGUCAAAUGCCGAGCAGGACUUCUACCUCCAUCUUCACCUGCCCCCUGAGCUCGAUCUUCCGCUGCCAGCCACCACGCAAAUCUACCAUCAGCCGCCAACCAGUUACCUGAUUCCGCGGUGGGAUUUGGGGCCGGACAGCGGCGCAUUCACCAGGAUUGAGUUUCCCUCUGUACAAAGCCGAAAGGGGAUCCAGGAGGACGUCGACACAUUCGAGACCAUUUUGGCGCAAUGCACCGCUUUCCUCGAGAGGGCCCCGCCCCCAAAAAUUCAUGGAAAAAGCGAGAAGCAGUGGUGGGAGGACACCGACCAGAAGGUCAGCAGCGGGGGUACUGGCUCCAAGGCGGCUGUCGCCACAGGCGAACAGUUGCCCGCGUAUAACCCAGCAGACUUCAAACCUGGCGAGGCUUAUGCGCGUGGAAGCCCCUCCAACACCGCUCACGCGCCAGGACAGAUCGUUUUGGUUGAUGAAGAAGACGGCAGCGUGAUUGGCGAGCUUGCCGAGAACUUCCAGGUUGUUGAGCACAGUUCCCUGAAACCUGGAUCGAAAGAUCCGGUCGAGAUCACGCUCCCUGCCGAUGGUGGUUCGAAUGUUCAGGUGGCACCUAUCUCCCCUGAGCUGUGGGAUGCAGAGCUGCAUCCAGCCUACAAGAAUUCCUUCCUUGUAUCGAACGCGCACGCCGCCUCACGGCUCAUCAUCACUGGCUCCGACAUGGUUGCCAAACUUCUCCAAGGCCAGGCCGACAAUUACACCAAGCGAUCCGAGCCUGCUGCGAAGCCCAUGACCUUCAAGCCGACCACCAAGGAGCACAUCCGCCGCAUCGGCACCUUUACUGGCGGUGCGGCCACUCUGUCGGCCAAAACGGUAGGCCAGAUUGGCAAAGUUGCACAGAACCUCGGAGCGACGCUCGGUGGACAUGGCAAGAAGGCGACCACUGGUCACAAGGGGUAUGGCCCGGACGGCAAACCGCUUGACACAUAUAAGCCAGGCAUCCUGAACAAGAGCAUGAUGGCUUUUUCCACUGUAAUGGACGGUGUAGAGCAGGCCGGACGUCACUUGCUUGCGUCGACGUCAGAUGCCGCCACAACUGUCGUUCAGCACAAGUGGGGACCCGAGGCAGGAGAGGUGAGCAGGUCGAUUGGUGGUGGCGUCAAGAAUGUCGGACUGGUCUACAUUGAUGUAACGGGCGUCUCGCGCAGGGCCCUGAUCAAGAGCGUGGCCAAGGGUAUGGUUGUGGGCAAGACAUCGAAGGGCGAGUCUAUCGUUGUGGGCGGGGGCGAUGGCGGUGCAGCUGUUAUUGAUAAUGACGGAGGAAAGUCGUCGGUUGACACACAGUCGCUGAGCGGAAUGACAGUUGCGGAGGGGAAGCAACCAGCGAAUGGCAACGGCAACGGAGCUAUCUAUAAGUAG